AUGGCUAUAGGGCCAUUGCGAUAUCUUCUGUUUGCCAUCACGGGGUUGGCCGUCUUCUUUUUCAUCUCUAGGAGCGCUAUCCCAAUCCCCGAGAACAUCGGCACCAAGUUGAACCCCGCGACCUACAAAGAUACCUUUUCCUCCUCUCCCUCCUCGCAAAAUGAUGCGCUGUCAUCAAGUGGACCGAUCAAAGACAUCCCGACGGAUCGCGUGAACGCCACCUUCGUGACCCUCGCUCGCAACACUGAUCUUUGGGAGAUGGUCAAGUCCAUCCGGACGGUGGAAGACCGCUUUAACCACAACUAUCACUACGACUGGGUGUUCUUGAACGACAAGCCCUUCGAUGACGAGUUCAAGAAGGUUACCUCAGCCUUGAUCUCCGGCAAUACGUUCUAUGGCGUGAUUCCGAAGGAACAUUGGUCAUAUCCCGAGUGGAUCGACCAGGAGAAGGCGAAGAAGGUCCGACAGGAGAUGGGAGAGAAGAAGAUCAUCUACGGCGACUCGGAGAGCUACCGUCACAUGUGCCGUUAUGAAUCCGGAUUCUUCUUCCGGCACCCACUGAUGCUGAACUAUGAGUACUACUGGCGCGUGGAGCCCAGCAUUGAGCUCUUCUGUGAUGUCAGCUUUGACCCAUUCCGCUACGUGAAAGAAAACGACAAGAAGUACAGCUUUGUGCUGAGUCUGUACGAGUACUACGACACCAUCCCGAGCCUGUGGGGUACGGUGCAAAAGUUCAUGGAGGAGCACCCGGAGCAUAUCGCGGACGGCAACUCUAUGGGUUUUUUGAGUGAUGAUGGCGGCAAGACUUACAACAAGUGUCACUUUUGGUCCAACUUUGAGAUUGGAAGUCUGGAAUGGCUGCGGUCCAAGGAAUACAUUGACUACUUUGAGACGCUCGACCACGCUGGUGGCUUCUUCUAUGAACGCUGGGGCGAUGCACCAGUGCACUCUAUCGCCGCGGGACUUCUCUUGAAGAAGGAGCAGAUCCACUUCUUCAACGAGAUUGGCUACUACCAUGUCCCAUUCACCCACUGCCCGACUGGCGAGCAGCUAAGGUUGGACCUGAAGUGCCACUGCAACCCUAAGGACAACUUUGACUGGAAGGGAUACUCUUGCACGUCCCGGUUCUUCCAAGUCAACGACAUGGACAAGCCUAAGGGCUACGAGAAUGAGAGCUGA